AUGCAACCCACCGAAAACACAACAGAUUUGGAAAUCUCCAAGUCGACACACCGCAAGUCUGAUCGACCUCGACGACCUAGUACGACAAGAUCAAUGGAAGCCAGGCUAUCAUCUGGUGCGAAAGACGGGGGUAAAGGACGAUCCAGCCGAUCUUCCAAGCCAAGAAGCUCGGGACGAGGACGAAGCAGUCAUGACAAGGGAAAGGAUUCCAGCCGAAAGUCUGGAACAAGUGGUCCUCGAAGAAAGUCAAGAAGUACCAGUCGCAGUCUGGAUGGGACAGUCGGUCUCAGUAGUAGCGAGGAAUUCUCUAUUACAAAACUAUCAGAUGCAGAUCGAAGCUCAUCCUUUGAUCCACGACGAGUCAUUGAAUCCGCUGACCAAGAUGCCAAACGAAGGUCCAGAAGAUCCGUUCGGGCCGCCGCACCUGGAGUGGAACAUGUGACCGAACCAUCCACAAGAGAAGCCCGCAAAAAUGCUAGACAUAGCGAUGGGUUGGAUGACCGAGAUUCCAAACACCGAUCUCCAAGAUCGACCCGGGCUUCCACUCCUGGUGUCGAAGCAGUUGCUGCUGCUAUCUCGACCAGAGAAUCCCGCAAGAAUGCUCGAGCAUCAGUAUCCCGCACCUCUACACCUGGUGCACAAGCAGCGACUGCUGUCUCGACAAGAGAAAGCCGCAAGGGUGCUCGAUCUGGUAUCCGCGUUUCCAUGGCUGGUGCAGAACCCAUGACUGGUGUCGCAACAAGAGAAACUCGAAAGAUUUCUCGAUCGUCAAUGGUCCGGGAAUCCAGUACCACCAGUACUGCCAGUCCCAGCUCGAACUCCACACCACCCAACCUUGUUGCUCACAGAGUGGAAGAUGCAAGUCAAGAGUUCGAAGAAACUCUAUCAACGAUUCGUCAGCAAGAGCAGCAAAAGGGAAAUGUUAUCAUUAUGGCCGAAGCCAUGAAGGAAACAGAGCGUAAGAAGCGGAGACGUCGAUUCUGUUGGAUCUGCUUGUGCCUCGUACCGAUAUCGAUUGGUGGAGGUGUUGCUGCAUCUACUGCCUUGAAAGCAGAAGAUUCUCAGCCCUCUUCUAUCGCAGUGGAUCAGCCGGAGGACGUCUUUUCACCGAGUGCUCCCAAUAUCGAAUACCUCUUUGACCCACCAUCCCAAGAGGACUGUACCAAACUUCGUCUCAAACGUCCAAUCGGAGCUCGAGUAGGAACCAUUGAGAAAUCAUUCGAUUUGCACUUUGACGCUACACUAAAAGAGGAGAAGGAUAACACGUAUUGGAAUUUGGAAUUCCUCGCCGCCAUUCAAGAGUACCUACUCCCAUCGCUACUGGGUUGUGACGAUGACAUUGGUAGAAGAUCCAUGCUUCGAGGUGGUCCCGAUCAUCGAGAGCUUUCUACACUGCGCUACAUCAUUGGAGAUGCUGUGGUCACUGGACGGGUCAGUUCGGAAAGAUCAUGUCUACCAGAGAACGACAGUGAACUCUGUUCUCGGUCCAUUGUGACUUUGCAACUCUUCCUCAAGGCUGAUGUCGCCAUUGAUGAUUUACUGCGUCUCAUUGUGGGUUUGAUCGAAAACGAUACCUUUAGGGGGGUUUCUGUCGCAAACGGAAAUCGGCUGUUGCAACAAGAAAGCCAAGCGGCCGUUGACAUCCCAUUGGUAACUCGAUGGGCUCUACCAGAUACUUUUGAAAGCGUGUUUUAUAUCUUGAUUGAAGAGCUGACUUCGGGUACUUCGACAAACUCAGAUCCAACUCUACCGAGUCCGGCCACAACGGAAGCGCCGAGUGAUGGAGGCGGACCAACAACAGAUGAAGCUACAGUUUCUCCAUCAGUGGGACCAACAGCGAGUCCGACACCCCGUCCGACAAGGAGACCAACGCUCGCGCCUGCACCAGGGGUGACACAGGAACCAACUAUCGAACCAACUGUAAAGCCUACGACAGUUCCAUCAACGACACCUUCAAAGAAGCCGACACCAUCACCAACAUCACUACCAACACCACUACCAACACUUGUCCCAGCCCCAGGGGUCACAUCACCACCACCUACGGUUGCCCCAGUACCAGUUGCAACACAAUCUCCGACACUUGCCCCAGCCCCAGGUAAUCUUACACCACCACCACCACCGACACUUGCACCAGCACCAGGUGCAACGCCAUCUCCGACACCUGCCCCUGUACCAGGUGCAAUGCCACCUCCGACACUUGCCCCAGCACCAGGUGCAACACCACCACCGACCAAGGAACCCACACCGUUGCCGACACCGUUGCCAGCCCCUGGAGCCACGCCAUCGCCGAGCAAGGCACCAACGCCUGGGACUUCUGCUCCGACUAUCGCGACUGCCUCACCAUCAUUGAUUCCGACAGAUGCUCCAAGUUCUACACCAUCAUUUGCUCCAACACCGGACCCGACUCCUGGGCCUACACCGAAACCAUCACGGUCACCUUCGAUCCAACCAACACCUGGACCGACUCCAGAACCGACAGUGGCACCGACGGUUGAGACACCUAUGCCCUCAGUAGCUGAUUCAUUUCAGCCGUCUGUCAGGCCCGUGACAGUGCUGGACUUUGACGAUCGCACGGGAGCCACGGGUUUCUGCUUGGGACUCCCGUUUGAAAUCCUUCCUAUGCAGAUCCCGAAUGGUUACAAGGGUUUCCAAUGGGAUUCCUUUGGAGUUGUCAGCAUUCCUUGUGCCACUGGAGGCGCAGGUCAAUCCGCGCCAAACGGUGCCGGGCCGAUGAGUAUCCUAGGAAAUAGCUUUGGAAGAAAUAUGUCAUUUCAACUGGAAAGCGGUACUUUUGACAUGAUAUCGGUAAAAGCCUUCGAUGGCAAACCGGAGUGUCCCUUUACACUUAAAGGGUACGAGGAAGGUGCAGGUUCUCCUGCUUACAAUUUGGACGUGACCCCUCCAUCAUCUGGCUGGUUCACCAUUGAUCUGUCGUCCUUCGCUGGUGUGAACAAAUUCGAAUACGUCGCAACCUGCACAGGGCCUCUGAACAUCAUCUUUGACGAUUUCAAAAUGUACAUGAACUAA